AUGACAACAGAUAUUAAUUACACAAACCGUCGUCAUACAUAUUAUGGUGGAAGCACCACCAUAACUAUCCCUCAUCCAAAUGUAUCUAAUCCUCAUGCAUCAACACAUUUGACUACUAGUCCCGAAAAUAAAACUCAAAGAAAGAAAUAUCCAUCAUUUGGCCCAUAUAUAAUAGGUUCUACAUUAGGUGAAGGUGAAUUUGGUAAAGUGAAAUUAGGUUGGUCAAAAGCUAAUACUAGUAGUUUUGAAAUACCAAGACAGGUAGCGAUUAAAUUGAUUAAAAGAGAUACUAUUAAGAAAAAUUCAAAUAAAGAAAUUAAAAUAUACAGAGAAAUUAAUGCAUUGAAACAAUUAAAUCAUCCAAAUAUUGUAAAAUUAGAUGAGGUAUUACAAAAUUCAAAAUAUAUUGGUAUUGUAUUAGAAUAUGCCUCUGGUGGUGAAUUUUAUAAAUACAUUCAACGAAAGAAAAGAUUAAAAGAACAGCCUGCAUGUAGACUCUUUGCACAAUUGAUUAGUGGUGUCUCGUAUAUACAUUCAAAGGGUUUAGUCCAUAGAGAUCUUAAAUUGGAAAAUUUAUUAUUGGAUAAAAAUGAAAAUCUUAUAAUAACGGAUUUUGGUUUUGUUAAUGAAUUUUUCUCAUCAAAUGAAUUAAUGAAUACUUCAUGUGGUUCACCUUGUUAUGCUGCUCCUGAAUUGGUGAUAAGUACAAGACCUUAUGAGGCAAGAAAAGCUGAUAUUUGGUCCUGUGGUGUGAUAUUGUUUGCCAUGUUAGCUGGUUAUUUACCAUGGGAUGAUGAUAUUGAAAAUGCAGAUGGUAACGACAUAGCGAGACUUUACAGAUACAUUACACAAACGGCAUUAAAAUUUCCAGAAUAUAUUAGUCCCUUACCAAGAGAUUUAUUAAGACAUAUAUUAGUCCCGGAUCCAACAAAAAGGGUCAAUUCGCAUUACAUUAAAGAACAUAAAUGGUUAACAUCUCACUUACCUUUCCUUUCCAUAACUCCUGAUGAAUGGGAUAAAAUUGCAUUUUCUAAAAACAUUUUAAGGUUACCAAAACAUACAAAUAAACAAAAUAUGAACAGUAAUAGUAAUAAUAGUAACAACAACAACAAUCAUGAUAAUCAAAAUAAUAACUUAAAUCAUCAUUUCAAUAAACCUCGUCCUUUAUCUGCAUGUUCCACAAGCUCUACAAACUCAAAUGGUGAAAAGAGAGAUUCAUUAUUAAUAGACUCAACAUUACUAGUGUUCCCUGUCCCUCCAAGAGAAUCUCAAUCACACGUUCUAACCAUGCCAUCAUUACCGUCACCGGAGAGAAGACCAUCUUCUUCUAGAAAUGGUCAUACUAGAAGUAAUUCAGCAGCUUCAUUAGCCUUACAAGCUGUUGUUGACGCGGAACGUGAAUUGUUACUCCAAAGGAAUAGAACAAGCAGCAUCACAUCUACUAAUACCAAUAAUAAUUAUGCUAUUAAAUCCGAAAAUGGUCCAUUAUCAAGAAGAUCAACAUCGUCUCAUAGUGAACGAAACAUUCUAUAUAACGCAAAUUCACCUAUCAUCAGUUUAUCUAAUAUGAACGCAUUUGGCAUCUCAACAUCGUCAUCUUCACAGAAUGGCGAUAGUUCCUUAAUGAACAAAAAUAGUGCCAUAUUAGAGAGCCCGACAAAGACAUCAAUCAUUAAUAAUGAUGUUUUCAAUGAAUUACGAUUACAGGAUAAUCAAUCCAAGAACACUUCAUAUUUCCAUUCUCAUACGAAUAAUGGACAUAGAAAAUUAAGACCAACAAGUUAUCAUCCUGGUAAUUUUUCUACGGUAUUAGAACAAAAUGGAUCGAAUAUCGAUGCAUGGUCUCCAUCAAUGUUAAAUAAAACUAGCGGUGUGACCAUUAGAAAAGAAUUAUCACCAUUUGAAUCACCUCCCAAAUUACAAAGAGCCUCUGAUGGAGCUAGAUCUGCUCAUUCUCUCGAGAUGUCUCCUAAAUUAUACCCACGCAGAUCCUUCUCAAUUAAGAGUAAAAUUUCGUUGGAUGUAGAGAGUGUCUCUGGUGAUUUAAUUAAAUCUACGGGAAAUAUUGACACUACUAUUAAGAAGUUACAUGAACAAGUUGAUGAAAUAGCAUUAAAACCCAAAAAUAUCAAUGAUAAAGAGAUUCAAUCACCAACGAAUACUAAUACGCAAACAAAUGGAGAUGCUUUGUCUGAUUUACCACCAAGAAUGAAACCAAUUGAUCAUACAUCUAAGAAAAGGUUUAGUCUAUUUCCAUUCUAUUCCGGUUAUCAGGAUAAUUUAUCAUAUAGACAGCAAGAUGGUAAAGAGAAUGUCAUGUAUGAUUCAUCUACCAUUAGUGGCGUUAACUCUAGAAGGACACUAAAUAAGCAUAAUCCGCAUAACAAUUCAAAACAAAGGGCAUCAAUUAUGAUAUCUUCAAUGAAUGAAUAUCAACCAUCAUUACCAACAAUGAGGGAACAUCCUGAUGAUCAUGAGGAUAUUCUUCAACAUCCAACGUAUCAAAAUUCACAUCGUCCAUCAACGACAAGAAAAGUCAUCAACUUCUUCAAGACAAGAAGUGUUAGAUUGUAA